GAGUGACAAUAAGUGGUCCUCAACCCGGCAAGUGCACGGACCUAACUAGCCACCGAGAGCCGCACCUUAAUUCCAACGCGUCUCCAGCCCAGUUCCAAGCUCGCCACAUCCAAACCAUCCUCCUCACCACACCUCCACCGAAAUACUCGACCCACUCCACCCCACGCUUGACACCUCCCUAUCCAACCACCAAUACCCUCACCCAUUGCAUCCACCAUGGCUACCGACGCCGGCAUCACGCGUUCCCGCCCUCGCAACCGGCGCCAAAACCUCUUCGUCAAAGAGCUGCGCACCCUAAUGUACGCCUUCGGCGAUGACCCGGACCCACUGCCGGAGUCGGUGCAAGUGCUUGACGAGAUUGUGACGGAGUACAUCGUCGACAUGUGCCACGACGCGGCGCGCCUCGCGGCGCAGGCCCGAAGGAACAAGAUCAAGGUCGACGACUUCAAGUAUGCGCUUAGAAAUGACCCCAAGAAGCUAGGCAGGGUCGAGGAGCUCCUCGUCAUGUCGAAGGUCAUUGCAGAUGCUAGGAAGCAGUUCGAUGAUAAGCCGGAGGGGGAGAAGUAGGAGAGAGUGGAGGGGAUUGCGGCGGUCUACGGUACACUAUACUGAUGGGGAAGGAUGGGCGUUCAGGAUCGGGAUUGGCAUUGGGUUUAUCUGUUCUGCGUGUUUCGUCAGAAUUUACGCGUUUUGCUUGGUUCCCGCGGCGUUCGCUGCUCAUCGCGCUUCUUAAAGUUUUACAUACACAUGACGAGAGACGAGUCGGCAACAACGCGACGACACCCGCCUGCCUGAGCAGUGGGGUUCCAACUGAUGA